UGAAAUUUUAAAAAAACAAUUUUAAUUUAAUUAAAUUAAUAAAACAUUUGUGCCCUGGCAACCACUCAAAACGUCAUAGCAACUGCAUAGCAAUGUGAUAAAAACACUCUGCAACUGCAUAAUAAAGACCUGGCAACAUCUAAAAUUAAUUUUAAGCUACACUCACAUUUUCUGUAAAAUACACAAGUCUAGAUGCUGUUUAAUGGUUGAUAUUUUUAUAUAUAUAUUUAUACAUGCAAUGACGUCGACACAGACCGGUAAGUGAAUUCCCAUUGCAUUUCUUAUAAGUUUUAUAAUAUGCCUCGCUUUGCUCCUAAUUGUUUCCCUUUUAAAAGUUUACAUGAUGAUUAGCAACAAUUAAAAGUACCAGUGCAUGUGAUGGUGUCUCUAUAUAUUAUAAGUCCAGUGAACGCUGGAAUCGAUGACCCUAAUCCAGCUCUAAAUGGUUCUAAAUCUCUCAGUAAUUCUGUAAGGACACCGAACAGCAUGUUAAAAACUAAUCUGCACUAUACGUUUGCUCUGCUCUGCUUAAACCUACACUGAGCCCUCAAUUUGGAAAUUCCUACAGUAAUCAGGUCAGGCAGUUAAUGCAUGCACCACGGCGUGUGUAGAUUAGACCCACGCGCAGCACUAGCACUAGACUAUAAUGAGCUCGGCUUAACUCUUACUGUUCUUGCAGAAAAAGGCCAGAUCCAAGUACUCCGCAACACGCAGACUUCUGCUGAAGAGCAAACUGCUGAAAAAGGCAGAAAGCUUGCUGGUGAAAGAAAAAGAGGAGAAAGAAUUGGAGAGAGAAAGCACCCUGAGGGAGAGAGCGCCGCCCCUCAACCUCUCGGGCCUGUCUGUCCAAGAAAUGCAGGAGCUUUGUAGAGAUUUGCACCACAAGAUUGACAUUGUGGAUGAAGCACGAUAUGACCUCAAUAUAAAAGUCGCCAGAAAUGAUGCAGAGAUUCUCUCAUUAACCCAGAAGAUCUAUGAACUGAAAGGAAAAAUGAAACGGCCGAACUUGAAAAGGGUGAAGAAGUCGGCAGAUGCCAUGCUGGGAUCGCUCUCAGACACCAGAGUCGACUUCAAAGCCAACCUCAAAACAGUUAAAAAGGAAGAAGAAAAGGUAACACUCCGGCUCAAUGCUAUAACACGUGUAUUUGAGACACCAGGAGCCCAUCUGGCUGUUUUCAGCUCAUUUGCUCAGAUGUGCUGUGUCUGAAGAGAUGAGUUAUUUUCGAAAUCAAGUGAUUUCUUUAAAGUCCUGGUGCUGAUGAAAUGCUGGCAUUUGAACCGCCCCGUCUGUCUGUCUAAUGCUAGUUGCCACGGUCCACCGCGGCUGUGCAACCAUUUGA